AUGCUCCGUGAUACUAGUAGUUCAUUAACACCUACGUCCUCGAGGAAUGCGCGGAGGAUUUCAAAUAAUAACCCUUUCAGAGGAAUAUCUACUGAAGCAGGGGGGCUUUUAGAAAAAGAUCAGUCCGAUUUAGGUUUCAAUUCAUGGGUGUUGGGUAACAGAGGCUCUAGUAAAGCAGAUAAAGUAGAGGAAUUAAUGACAGGGAUUGGAGUUGAAGAUAACAAUGUUAAAAAUGAUGUGGCAAACUCGUCGCACAGUGAUAAGAGGGAUUACAGAAUGAGGAAACCACCAAUGCGUCCAGCAUCGAACAAUCCAUUUCUGGACGACCUGGAGAGUGGUUCCAGUAGUAAGACAUAUGAUUUUACAGAAGAGGCGCAAAAUUGGAAAAAAGACACUAAUGGCUACGAAAGGCCUGAAACUAUUACGAGAGAGAGAGGUGAGCGUUAUCGCAGUGCUCGUGAGGAGAAAGAAGACUUGAGGCGGGCGUACAUGGAAGAACGUAAAGUGUCGGACAGGCACUGCCACGAAGAAGACCUGCCACCCUCGUAUGAAGAGGUAGCUGGUAGUAAACAGAGAUAUAGUAGAAAAGAAAAACUACCAGGACGGUUUACAGGUGCUAGUUCUGAUGUGAAGAGUCAAAAGCUUGCACACGGCCAAGUGUCCUCGCGGUCGACUGGGCGAUCCCGCACAUCUGGGCCUCACCAUCCGGGCGAGAGAAGUGAAAAAAAAAGUCACCACUAUAGGGCUACCGGGGAUAGGAAACAGCACAGUUCUUCCACGAAGGACAAAAAUGGAUCGACAAAGCAUGUACCAGAAAAUGUUGACACAAUCGACAAGUUGGAUGUGACGGGUUUGUUUGGAGGUGCAUUUCACCAUGAUGGACCUUUUGACGCCUGCACUCCACAUAGGAAUCAGAAUAAGAAGGUAGCACCUGUGCUGGCGUUCCCAAAGGACGGACCUAAUUCCACUUUGACAGGAGUAACAACCGCUCCUUCCGCUAGAGGGCAAGUUUUUGGAAUCGAAGUCGACGAUGACUCCUAUCUGUAUCAUUCAAUAAAAACAUCUAAGAUCGCAGGCUCUAGUGCAAGCACACUGUCCGAUGGAAUUCCAAAACAGAAUGUAACACAGUUUGACGCUAAAAAUAAAGCGGAUUUGGUGCAUGGUCCUACUACUCAAGGUUUAGGCUCUACCACAUUUUUGGAUGGUGCACCCGCUGCGCCGGCGGCCAUUGAAGAUAUGAAUAAACACUCUACUAUUGGAAGAAAGAAAUCUUUGAAUCAAAGGCUUACUAAAGGGAUAUCAGGCGACUCAGAAAGGCGAUCAAAUCUGAAACUGACUAAUACACAUCCAGGCCAUGUUGACUUUGAUUCUGGCGGUAAAGGCGAAGAUGACGACAAUGAUUACGAUAAUGUUCGUGGCGAUCAAGAUACCAAGAAAGCUCUUUCGGGGAACAAGUUUUUGCGCAGAGUGAAGAGUUUGAAGGUAAGCAGAAGAGGCUGA